GCGCCGAGGACGGAGUCGUCAGCUUGAACUUGUGGACCCCGCAGAGGUGCAGCGAGCUGGCCCGGGGAACCCGCUCAGCACUGCAGCCUCCAGACCCACCGAUGGAUCCGCUGACGCAAGAGUCCUGUGGGAAUCAGAUGACACAAACCCCGCUCUGGAAAGCCAAGUCAUCUCUCUCGUUUGGCAUCCAACCCCCUCAGACAUGGCCAACCAAAGAUCCUGAACUAGAGUCCCAGGUCAACCUCUCUGUCUCGGAAGACCUAGGCUGUAGACGUGGGGAUUUCAGUAGGAAACAUUAUGGAUCUGUGGAGCUGCUUAUUUCCAGUGAUGCCGAUGGAGCUAUCCAAAGGGCUGGAAGAUUCAGAGUGGAAAAUGGCUCUUCAGAUGAGAAUGCAACUGCUCUGCCAGGUACUUGGCGAAGAACAGACGUGCACCUAGAGAACCCAGAAUAUCACACCAGAUGGUAUUUCAAGUACUUUUUAGGACAAGUCCAUCAGAAUUACAUUGGGAAUGAUGCAGAAAAGAGCCCCUUCUUUUUGUCUGUGACCCUCUCUGAUCCGAACAAUCAGCGUGUCCCUCAAUACCGUGCUAUUCUUUGGCGGAAAACAGUCUUCUCUCUGCCGGAAGGAACAGUCACCACCUCCUCACCUGGCGGAAGAAAACCAAAAACUAGCCUCGCUGCCAUCAAGUCAACUCCGAGUCAUGGCACUCUGAAGGACAGUCGCACGGCCCCUGCCAUGAAUCUGGACAAAUUUGAGAAAGGCCCCAGGGAAAUUUUUCAUCCUGAGAUACAAAAGGAUUUGCUGGUUCUUGAAGAACAGGAGGGCUCUGUGAAUUUCAAGUUUGGGGUUCUUUUUGCCAAAGAUGGACAGCUCACCGAUGACGAAAUGUUCAGCAAUGAAAUUGGAAGUGAAGCUUUUCAAAAAUUUUUAAAUCUUCUGGGUGACACGAUCACUCUAAAGGGCUGGACAGGCUACCGUGGCGGUCUGGACACCAGAAACGAUACCACAGGGAUGCAUUCUGUUUAUACUAUGUACCAAGGGCAUGAGAUCAUGUUUCAUGUGUCCACCAUGUUGCCGUAUUCCAAAGAGAACAAACAGCAGGUGGAAAGGAAGCGCCACAUUGGAAAUGAUAUCGUCACCAUUGUGUUCCACGACGGGGAGGGAUCGUCUUCUGCCUUUAAGCCUUCCAUGAUCCGCUCCCAUUUUACCCAUAUUUUUGCCUUAGUGAGGUAUGAUCAACAGAAUGACAAUUACAGGCUGAAGAUAUUUUCAGAAGAAAGUGUCCCACUCUUUGGCCCACCCUUGCCAUCCCCACCGGUGUUUACAGACCACCAGGAAUUCAGGGACUUUUUGUUAGUGAAAUUAAUUAACGGUGAGAAAGCCACUCUGGAAACCGCAACCUUUGCCCAGAAACGCCGGCGUACCCUGGAUAUGUUGAUUCGCUCUUUGCACCAGGAUCUGAUGCCAGAUGUGCACAAGAACAUGCUCAAUAGACGGUCUUUUAGCGAUGUCUUACCAGAAUCUCCCAAGUCGGCACGGAAGAAGGAGGAGGCUCGCCAGGCAGAAUUUGUUAGAAUAGGGCAGGCCCUGAAACUGAAAUCCAUUGUGAGGGGGGAUGCUCCGUCCAACUUGGCAGCUUCGGGGAUCUGUAAGAAAGAGCCCUGGGAGCCCCAGUGCUUCUGCAGUAAUUUCCCUCACGAAGCCGUGUGUGCAGAUCCCUGGGGCCAGGCCUUGCUGGUCUCCACUGAUGCUGGCGUCUUGCUAGUGGAUGGUGAUCUUCCGUCCGUGCCGGUGUUUGACAGGACUCUGCCGGUGAAGCAGAUGCAGGUGCUGGAGGCGCUGGACCUGCUGGUCCUCAGAGCAGACAAAGGAAAGGAUGCCCGCCUCUUUGUCUUCAGACUGAGCACUGUGCAAAAGGGCAUCAUCGAGGGCAAACAGGCCGUGAAAAGCAAGUGUGACUGCCGAGAAAAUAAGCUGGAGAAAACCAAAGGUUGCCACUUGUAUGCCAUUAACACUCACCAUAGCAGAGAGCUGAGAAUUGUGGUUGCAAUCCGGAAUAAACUGCUUCUUAUCACCAGGAAACAUAAGCCAAGUGGAAUGAGCAGCAUCCCGUUGUUAUCUCCCCUGUCGGAGUCACCUGUGGAAGAAUUCCAGUACAUCAGGGAGAUAUGUCUGUCCGACUCCCCCAUGGUGAUGACUUUAGUGGAUGGGCCAACGGAAGAGAGCGACAAUCUCAUCUGUGUGGCUUAUCGACACCAAUUUGACGUGGUCAACGAGAGCACGGGGGAGGCCUUCAGGCUGCACCAUGUGGAGGCCAACCGGGUUAACUUUGUUGCCGCGAUUGAUGUGUAUGAAGAUGGAGAAGCUGGUCUGCUAUUGUGUUUCAACUACAGUUCCAUCUAUAAAAAGGUUUGCCCAUUUAAUGGUGGCUCUUUUUUGGUUCAACCCUCUGCGUCCGAUUUCCAGUUCUGUUGGAACCAGGCUCCUGAUGCUGUUGUCUGUGCUUUCCCCUACCUCCUGGCCUUCACCGCCGACUCCAUGGAGAUCCGCCUGGUAGUGAACGGCAACCUGGUCCACACUGCAGUCGUGCCUCAGUUGCAGCUCGUGGCCUCCAGGUCGGAUAUAUACUUCACGGCAGCUGCGGCUGCCAAUGAGGUCUCAUCGGGAGGCAGCUCCCAGGGGGCCAGCGCCCACAAUUCUCCUCAGACACCCCCGGGCCGGGACCCUCCAGUGCUUCCUUCUUCCCUGGGCGAAGGUGAAAUUCAGUCCAAAAAUCUGUACAAGAUUCCACUCAGAAACCUGGUCGGCAGAAGCAUUGAGCGGCCUCUGAAAUCGCCCUUAGUCUCCAAGGUCAUCACUCCCCCCACUUCCAUCAGCGUCGGCCUCACCGCCUUUCCGGUCGCUCAUUCCCUGUCGCUGUCUCGCAUGGAGAUUAAGGAAAUAGCCAGCAGGACCCGCAGGGAACUUCUGGGCCUCUCAGACGAAGGCGGACCCAGGCCAGAAGGAGCACCAAAGGCCAAAGGCAGAACUCGGAAACGGUUAGAAGGAAGCCAAGGAGGCCCCCACCCAGAGGCGGUGAGACCGACAAGCAGUGACAGGAUCGCCUCGGGAUCCUUGGAAAGCCCAACCUCCGAAGCCAAUCCCGAGGGGCACUGCCCCUCGACCAGCUCCCACCCGGACCCCGCGGCGGACAGAGCAGGCAGCCCCAUGUCAGGCAGCCCCUUUCAGCUCCCCACUGGCUCGGAUGAAGACUGCAUUGACUUGAAGUAAAGGGACGUCUGAAUCGCGCCGCCACCCUUAGUUUCCUUAGGAAAGUUUCUACCGUCUCAACAGUUCUGACAUCACUUCGCACUCAGCGCGGCGUUGCGCCGGUCGGUGAUCUAUUGGACCAAAUCCUCCGCACACCCGGCCAGUUGAGGUCACUCUCCAGUGUCUGCUGCCCAUGUCUUUCUUGACCGUUGUUUCUUUCCGUCCAGGAACCAUCAGUCCCCUUGUAACAAAGGUGGUAGAUGUCAUUGAGGUUUUAGCUCGACUCUUUAAAUAAAUAAAAGAUGUUCAUUCUUA